AUGUCGUACAGGAACACUCCUUUGGGUGCACGGGCGGCGUUCGAUCCAAUUGUUGUUGUAUCGGACUCUUCAGACGAGUCUGAUGUCGUUGAGACGAUUCCGUGCAAUGGCGAUGAUGAUAGCGAUGAUGUCGAGGUUGUUGCUGUUCUUGGUGAGCCGAUUCCCAGGCCUAGCACUGCCAAGCAGCAGCUGACUGUAGUCGACAGCCAGUCGCAGGAUGACCUGGUUAGCAAUGACCCGGUGCUUCAGGUUGCUGCACCGACAAUGCCGACACCCAUCGGCCAGAGCAUUCCUCCGGUCGCAACGAUCCAACAGCCAGCAGUAGGAACCCCACCGCCCCUACCAGUCUUGUCACACGCAGCAACGUAUGCCGAUAAGACCACCCCGCAAGAAGCGGACCGUAUAUACUAUCUGCAUAUAUUUGACAAAAUCAUGUCGACUGUGCUUAGUGGCGAGUCACAUUUGUUCUCCGAGUCGGAGCAGAAGAUCCUACGAGCCUUCAUUAGCCUUAGAGCACCUACGUGGAUGCGCGUCUCUGGACUAAAAUACGGCAGUGCCGAGGAUGUUGCGCACGCAUGCAAAAGCCUGUCUGCAUGCGACGUCAGCGAUUGCAGAGAGGUCCUGGACGUGCUGUUGCUCUCCGAGCUGAGAACGCUCGCGAAACGGCGCGGGAUCAAGCAGAUGGCGAACCAAAAGAAGGAGGUUAUCUGUGCAGCACUUUACAAGCAGACUAAGCAGGCAACGGUCUUGUCGUUUUUCAAGAAAAGCAAAGAAGCCGGCGAAGCCAUUGACGUAACGGGCCCGCUGGUCAAGCUCAACCCCGAGAUUGUGGAGCUGUUUGAGCGCCUGCACUUGAUCUACUUCCGCCACCUGCUACUAUCGCUGGACGACAAUUCGAUGAAGCGGUCGACCGAUCUGUUUGAGUCGCGUGAAGCGGUGAUCCAGUACAAGCAGCUGCUGCAAUGGCCGGUCAUCGAAGACCAUCGGCAAGGCUGGAAGCUGUACCUGGCCUACCGCGACCAGUGGCUUCAACACAUUAAGUAUCUCUCCAAGCAGUCGAUAUCUGACGACGGCAUUGCGUACUGGAAACGGCGGUUUACAGCUGGGUGGGCACUGUCGCGGAUCGUGAGCCGGGGCGCCAAAUUUGCAGCUACACUUAAGCAGUUGAAGGACGAGGAAGGGGUGCUCUUGUCGUUGCUAUCGCAGACACACUACGGUCUAGAUAAGCGCGGUAAAUGGUAUGAGCGUCUUAUUCUGGUACAGGCGACGCAUUUGAGACCCAAGAAAUGCAACAAGGAACCGGACUAUGAGGAAAAGUCACAAAUCGCACUGACCACAGCCCGCAAGCAGUGCAUUCGCGCCUUGGAUGACCCGCACGUGAAUCGUGAGUGGCUAGUAGCGCCCGAGCGCACAGUAUACGGCGUGCGAAUCAAAAGCCAUAGCCAGAGAGGUGCAUCUGCGUGGGACGGCGAUGACGGAGUCCCAUGCUCGGUCGAGGACCUGGCCAUCUGGAGAUACCGUGAGGAUGGAUACGAAGGAAUACACUCCGAGAACACGCUUAUGACGACGCUCUUUGGGCUGAUAUUCUACGAUAUCAUCUUCUUGCUCAUUGCCUGGUCAGACUCGUUCUAUUUCAGUCGCAAGGGCAUGAUCGAGCGGCGCAUUGAGGAGAUCAAGAGCAACCAGUUCCUUCACUAUCUAAUCGAUGCAUACGACCUGCAGCUAGGAUCCGAAAUCAUUGGUGUGAACUGGGAGUAUACGCGCGGAUGGCUGGAAAUGAUAUGCGCGUGCAUCGGUGGCAGGCGGCUGGCGGCCUAUUCUUGGUGUUCCUUGCCCGAGAGUAUCCACUCAAGCACAGCGGGAUUUCCCGAUCUAUGUCUCUGGAAGCCGGGCACCAACGAGUUCCUAUUUGCAGAAGUCAAAGGACCCAACGACAAGCUUUCGGAGAAUCAAAAGGACUGGAUCGACAUUCUGCUCAGCAACGACAUCAAGGUUCGAAGUAUGCCUGGUUCGGCAGGAUAA